CCCGUCCGUCUAGGCUCAGCAAACUGCUAUGUCGAUCAUCCAUCGAGAAGAUAGCUAUGACGAGAAAGAACCCAUCGACUCUCCCUCCAGUCCGGCCAAGCUCGAAGACGCCAGGAUUGUGGAGACUGUCUUCCAUGCUGACCUCAAAGCCGCCAUUGACAACACUCGUCUUGACCCAUGGAGUACCCGCGCGCUCUCUCUCUACUUCAUUUGCAUGGUCGGCUUCUUGAACGCGGUUUCUUCAGGCUUUGACGGUUCCCUGAUGGGUGGCAUUAAUGCCAUGGACCAGUAUCUCCAUUUCUUCCACUACAAGGAAGUCGGCGCAAGCACUGGUAUCAUUUUCCUGAUGUACAUCGUGGGUAAUUGUGCUGGGGCCUUUUUCGCCGGCCCGGCCAGCGAGCGAUUUGGGCGUCGUGCGGGCAUGUUCGUCGGCGGUACUAUCAUCCUCCUGGGGGCCGCAAUAAUAACCGGCGCGCAGAGCCGCUCUAUGUUCCUUGGCGGGCGGUUCACGCUAGGUUUCGGUAUCGCUAUCAGCACCACCGCCGCCCCGAUGUGGAUCACUGAACUCGCGCCUGCGCACUGGCGUGGUCGGCUUGGCGCAAUGUACAACUCGUGCUUCUUCAUUGGCGCGAUCCCCGCCACAGGUGUCAUGGUCGGUACGCAGACGAUGAACAGCACUUGGGCAUGGCGUCUGCCUCUCAUCCUCCAGGUCAUACCCCCCACAAUCGUCAUGUCCUGCAUCUGGUUUUGUCCCGAGUCCCCGCGGUGGCUCGUCUCGCGUGGGCGCGACGAAGAGGCGCGCCAGGUCAUGGUCAAGUACCACUCGAACGACGGGCAGACAAACCCGCUCAUCGAGCUCCAGCUCAAGGAGUUCAAGGAGAUGAUCGAGGUCCGCAAAAUGGAGCCAGUCUGGGACUAUUCCGCGCUCUUCGACACUCGGAAUGCGCGCUGGCGCAUCCUCGCGCUUGCGCUCAUGUGCCUCAACGGUCAGCUCGCGGGCAACGGCCUCAUCACCUACUUCCUGCCCACCGUGAUGGCUAACGCGGGCGUAACGUCAACCCACACCAAGCUCGUUUACAACUUCGCGAACAACAUCCUCUCCUGCUUCGGCGCCUUCAGUGGCGCGCUCGUCACCGACCGCCUCAACCGUCGCCCGCGCCUCUACAUCGGUUCGUUUGCGCUCGCGUGCCUGCUUGCGAUCGUAGCGGCGCUCUCGAGCAAGUACGGCGAGAAGGGGAACACGAACGUCAACGGGGCGCACGCGACUAUCACGUUCAUAUUCCUGUUCGGGAUCGUGUACAGUUUCACGUACACCCCGCUGCAGGCGCUGUACUGCGCGGAGGUCAUGAGCCAGAAGAUGCGCUCGAAGGGCAUGGCUGUACACAUCCUCAUUUCGAACUGCGCCGGUUUCAUCAAUACCUUUGCCAACUCGGUUGGCCUCGAGCGCUGGGGCUACAAGUACUACUUCGUCUUCGUCGUCUGGAAUGUCUGCGCCUCCGUCCUCUGGUUCCUCUUUUGCGUCGAGACCCGCGGCCGCACACUCGAGGAGCUCGACGAAGUCUUCGACGAGCCUUGGCCGGCAAUGGCCUCUGCUCGUAAGCGUACGGUGGCGCUCAAGACAACCGAGGACGGGCGCAAGGUCGUGCAGGUCCUCGACGAGAAGAGCGCUUAG